GAGAGAGCACGAGCAGCAAGAAAGACAACACACAGACGAGGAAGAGGCUGCUCCAUCACCCCGCAUCCAGACACUCACACCCAGUAUGAACAUGUCCAGCAGUUCUGCUCUGAUCCAGCAGAUCUAUCCCUUUCACGAUGGCUGGAACAUCGCCUGCUUCAUCAUCCUGCUCCUCUUCAUCCUCACCAUCCUCUCCCUCGCCACGCUGGCGUUCCUCUAUGAGCUGCUGGACUGCGGAUGCUUCACCAAAACCAAAACCGUUCGAGACGUGCGCCGCCAGCAGGACGAGGUGGUCUAGUCAUAACCAUGGAUUUGGACCGAGCUCUUCACCAGAUUGGAGUGCCGUAAAACACACACCAGACACAUACAGAGACAGAAGCGCUCUACUCUCACUAGCUCCAACAGCAAUACACUGCACAGGUGUCUCCAUGGCUUCAAAUCUUAAA